UCAUUCGCAACAGAAAAAUCCCUAGUUGUGCCACGAUUACAUUUUAUAGUACACAAAUCAAAAAAUCUGUUUUUCAAAUAUGUAAUCAUAUGUUUACAAUAAUCAAUCACUAAAAAGUAAAUAAAAUGUUACAAGAAGAUUCAAAUGGCGAGGCCUCAUUUGAAAUAAUCGAUAAGAAACAAGACGAUGCCUCUAAUGACAAAACAGAAUCUAUAAGUAGCGUAUCAUCCCCUUAUUCGAUACCGUCUCCCGGGGGCGUCGCUCUGCCAAGUGGAAAUUUACUCUCAAAUUUGCCACCUCCUACAAAUCUCCCAGAUUUCACACUUUGGCAAUCUCAACCAGUCCCAGCACCUACCCCUUUACCCCCUAAUAUCACACCGGCGACUACACAAGAGAGUAAACAUGCGGCUCCCGCACCGGUUAACGUCCAACCUUUCCCCCAAACCCAGUUUAGUGCUGCCAUACCGCCAAGUAAAGGUGUUCAACAUGGACCAGUUCCCCAAACUAGUACAGACUCGAAUCAAGGGGGUGGACUAAUAGGCUGGAUGAAAGAUGCAGUCUCUAGUGGUGGAAUAUUAUCAAAAGUUGCGGAAAAGGCGAAAAACUCCGUGGAUUCACUUAUUACAACUCUGGACCCACAAAUGUCGGAAUUUAUUUAUUCUGGAGGAGAUAUGGAGUUUAUAGUUGUGUCGCAAGACCCGGAUGAACUUGCACCCAUACGAGAGGCAAUUUUCUCAGUAUUUGGUAAAGCUUGGGUGAAUGGGGUUAGUUUAAAAGUUGAUGACAGGAAACACCAAGCUGUGGGUUUUGAAGAUGGUGUUAAAAGAGCGGAAGAAAAGUUAAAAACGUUAAGCACUAGUAAAGUGCCAACGAUUGCAAUAGAGAAUAUUCUUUUACAACAAAAUGACGAAUGGUUUGAUUUAAGCGUCUUAGUUUUGAAGGAUACGGAAAAAAGGAUUACUUUAAAAACAUAUACCCAAACGACCCCAAUCCCGCUUGAUUUAUUUGUCAAGUUGGCUGAAAAAGAAAUGCCCAGUUAUGCGAAGGGGUGCGAUUCAACUGAAAAACUACUAGCGGCGUAUUUACAAAUUUGUAAAAAUAAUUGGCAACAAGAGGUGUGUGGGGUUGCUAGAAAAGAAACCUUAUUUCUAGCAGCGAGGACAAUUGCUACUUUAUACAAAAACAGAACAUCUAAUUAAAUCUCAACGAACUUAAUGGAAUAUGAUACUAUUAAUGAUGUUAACAGUGGCAUUUUAUUCUAGAUUUUAUUUAAUGUACAAAAUUCAUUUUAUCAAUAUAGGCUUUAAUACAU